CGUCAAUUACUGGCCUUAGAAAAUUAAAACAGAGAAACCUGCAACAAAAUUUCUGCCAAAAACUCUUCUUCUACCCAAAAAAAAAACAAAAGAUAUGAACACUAAGCUAUCACUUUCUCAGACCAAAAUCUUCACUUUCACAACUUGGUUCAACGAUACUCGAAGUGGCUUAGAUAGACGCUCAAGCAUUUCCCCGACUCUCUGUUCAAAGCCCGUCUACUCCGGAAAACUCAAGGCUGCAAAAGAGACAGCAAGAAUCGAGACAUCGAAUACGAAGAAUGCGAGUAUUGAGGACAGCUUCUUCUCGAAAAUUGCAAUUAAUUAUCUAUCAAAGAAUCUUCAAGACGCAGCUGGGAUUAGUAGUAGCAGUAAGAGUACCGAUUAUGAUAGGUUAGUGGAUACGGCAACUAGGGUUUCGCGUAACUUUGACACCAAGCAACAACAUGAGUUUGUUCUUAGCUCUUUGGACAGAGCAUUACCGACAGUAAUAAGCUCCUUGAUCAAAAUGGCAUUUCCACCUUCAAAAGUCUCGAGGGAGCUCUUCGCUCUAUUCACGACAAUAUCUUUCGCUUGGCUUGUUGGACCUUCAGAGGUGAGGGAGACUGAGGUUAAUGGAAGAAAAGAGAAGAGUGUUGUGUACAUAGAGAAGUGCAGGUUAAGUGUAAUCUCUCUAUUUGGUCCCACCUUUGAUCAUUAAGCUUCAGACAAAUAUCAAACAAUCAUUACAUUACAACAACCACCAACCGGUAAUUUCACUGUUGAGAUUUGUCACCUAUAUCAUGUACUUGACUGUUGUUCAAUUUGUAGGUUUCUUGAACAGUCAAAUUGUGUUGGCAUGUGCACUCAUAUUUGUAAAAUUCCAUCCCAAAUCUUCAUCAAAAACUCACUGGGAAUGCCUAUCUACAUGGAGCCCGAUUUUAAUGAUCUUAGCUGUAAAAUGAUGUUUGGUCGGGAGCCUCCAGAGAUCGAAGAUGAUCCUGCUAUGAAACAACCAUGCUUUGAAUUCUGCAAAUCAAACAAAAGCUACGGUGUGAAGCAUUAGAACUAGUACUAGAGCGAUUAGAUAAAUUGUGAUAUCAAA